AGAGCCUUCCGCCUCCUCCUCUGCUGUUGCAAAACCAUCCCGGGAGUGUUUGCUUCUGCCUGCCUUGCUUUUCUGGGGUCACUGCAGUGCACCCAAAGGCCUCUGGCCUCUAUUCGCACAGAUAGGCCCCUGGAGAAGUUUUUAAACCACCCACAUCGAGGCUGUCUUCCGCUGAAGCUGUCUGGGACAGCUUUGCUAGUCGGCUGACGGGAAAUAAUUCCUCAGACACCACAUCAAGGAUACAGCUAUUAAAAGUUCUCUGUGACUUCAUUACCAUGGCUGAUCAGCAACCAAAGCCAAGGGAGUGUGGGGAGCAAGAAGCAGCAACAGUCUGCAGGUGAGGAUGGACGUCUGGAGCUUCUGUCUUCUGGAACCUUCGUUGGAUGUCUAUUCCAAGCUGUCCAGACUGGCAGGAGUGCGCUCCCCCUGUCGUGUGGCCAUUCUGGACCGGAAGUUGGUCGCUGAGAGCCGAAUUUUUAUGAUACAGAACUUUCCCCCCCAGCACAUGAAUUGGACCUUGCAUGCGGUGACAUGGAUGAAUCUUCAGUGAUGCUUGGCACGAUAGACGUUUCUUACCUGCACAGCUCAUCAGAGUACAGCCUUGGCCGAUGUAAACAUGCCAGUGAGGGCUGGGGUGACUGUGGGUUCAAACCUACGUUCUUCAGAUCUGCGACAUUAAAAUGGAAGGAGAGUCUCAUGAGCCGGAAGAGGCCCUUCGUGGGAAGGUGCUGCUACUCUUGUACGCCCCAGAGCUGGGAAAGGUUUUUCAACCCCAGUAUCCCAUCUCUGGGUUUGCGGAAUGUUAUUUAUAUCAAUGAAACUCACACAAGGCACCGAGGAUGGCUGGCAAGACGUCUUUCUUACAUCCUUUUUGUUCAAGAACGGGACGUCCAUAAGGGCAUGUUUGCCACCAACAUCACUGAGAACGUACUGAACAGCAGCAGGGUCCAAGAGGCAAUUGCUGAAGUGGCUGCUGAGUUGAACCCAGAUGGAUCUGCCCAGCAGCAGUCCAAAGCCAUCCAGAAAGUUAAAAAGAAAGCCAGGAAGAUCCUGCAGGAAAUGGUUGCUACUGUCUCCCCAGGCAUGAUCAGGCUGACUGGCUGGGUAUUGCUAAAGCUCUUCAACAGUUUCUUCUGGAACAUUCAGAUUCACAAGGGUCAGCUUGAGAUGGUUAAAGCUGCAACCGAGACGAACCUGCCGCUCUUGUUCCUGCCGGUGCAUAGAUCCCACAUCGACUAUCUGUUGCUCACCUUCAUUCUCUUCUGCCAUAACAUCAAGGCGCCGUACAUCGCCUCGGGCAAUAACCUCAACAUUCCCAUCUUCAGCACCUUGAUUCACAAGCUUGGGGGCUUCUUCAUAAGAAGGAGGCUUGAUGAAACCCCAGACGGACGCAAAGACAUUCUCUAUAGAGCGCUGCUUCAUGGGCACAUAGUUGAACUGCUCCGGCAGCAGCAGUUCCUGGAGAUCUUCCUGGAAGGCACGCGCUCCCGGAGUGGGAAGACCUCCUGUGCUCGGGCAGGGCUGCUGUCGGUGAUAGUGGAUACUCUGUCCUCCAACACCAUCCCUGACAUCCUUGUCAUUCCUGUGGGCAUCUCCUACGAUCGGAUAAUCGAAGGCCACUACAAUGGCGAACAGCUGGGCAAGCCCAAGAAGAAUGAGAGUCUUUGGAGCGUGGCGAGAGGUGUCAUCAGGAUGCUGCGGAAGAACUAUGGAUAUGUCAGGGUGGACUUUGCACAGCCGUUUUCCUUGAAGGAAUAUUUAGAAAGCCAAAGUCAGAAACCUGUGUCUGCUCCCCUUUCUCUGGAGCAAGCACUGCUACCAGCUAUCCUUCCUACAAGACCUAACGAUGCUGCUGAUGAAAGUCAAGACACAUCCAGUAACGAGUCCAGAAACACCGUAGACGAAGCCUUCCGAAGAAGACUGAUUGCGAACCUGGGCGAGCACAUUCUCUUCACUGCUAGCAAGUCCUGUGCUAUCAUGUCCACCCACAUUGUGGCCUGCCUGCUCCUUUACAGACACAGGCAGGGCAUCCACCUCUCCACACUGGUGGAAGACUUCUUUGUGAUGAAGGAGGAAGUCCUAGCUCGUGACUUUGACCUGGGAUUCUCCGGGAAUUCGGAAGAUGUCGUCAUGCACGCCAUCCAGCUCCUGGGGAACUGCGUCACCAUCACGCACACUAGCAGGAAGGACGAGUUUUUCAUCACCCCCAGCACAACUGUCCCCGCAGUCUUCGAACUCAACUUCUAUAGCAACGGGGUGCUUCAUGUCUUCAUCAUGGAAGCCAUCAUAGCCUGUAGCCUGUAUGCUGUUCUGAAUAAGAGGGGCUCGGGAGGGUCUGCUGGUGGCACUGGCAGCUUGAUCAGCCAGGAGCAGCUGGUGCGGAAGGCAGCCAGCCUGUGCUACCUUCUUUCCAACGAAGGCACUAUCUCUCUGCCCUGCCAGACUUUUCACCAAGUUUGUCACGAGACGGUGGGAAAGUUCAUCCAGUACGGCAUUCUCACCGUGGCAGAGCAGGAUGACCAGGAAGAUGUCAGUCCUGGCCUUGCAGAACAGCAGUGGGACAAGAAGCUUCCAGAACCUCUGAACUGGCGAAGUGACGAGGAAGAUGAAGACAGUGAUUUUGGUGAGGAGCAGCGAGAUUGCUAUCUGAAGGUGAGCCAGUCCAAGGAGCACCAGCAGUUCAUCAGCUUCCUGCAGAGGCUCCUGGGGCCCUUGCUAGAGGCCUACAGCUCUGCCGCCAUCUUCGUCCACAACUUCAGCGGUCCAGUCCCUGAGUCUGAGUACCUGCAGAAGCUGCACAGGUACCUUCUCACCAGGACAGAAAGAAAUGUCGCAGUCUAUGCUGAGAGUGCCACCUACUGUCUUGUGAAGAACGCUGUGAAAAUGUUUAAGGAUAUUGGGGUUUUCAAAGAGACCAAGCAGAAGAGAGUCUCAGUUUUGGAACUGAGCGGCACUUUCCUACCUCAGUGCAACCGGCAGAAACUCCUGGAGUACAUUCUGAGUUUCGUGGUGCUGUAGGGCUCUCUCGGCACCUACGGCGAGGGAGGGGCUGCUGGCAAGGGAGUCUCUCGCAGGCUCCAGUCUGACCCAGAGCGGCAGGUGUCCUGGUGUGGCCCGCCUGCCUUACCCGAGGAGACCUCCAGGGAGCUGCGUGCCUUCUGCCCACCCCGUGGACCUGCGCUCCGCCCAGCACCAUCGCAGUGGCCUGCGGGCGGAGCACUCGGGGCCAGUGCCAUGUGUGAUUCAUGAUCUCUAGGUUACUAGGGGAAAUCUCAGUAAGUUAUUUUGGAGUUUAUUAAAGAUUCACAUUUUAAGUUUGAA